AUCCUAAUAAUCGGAGCAUCAGGCGGCAUCGGCCACUACGCAAUACAAAUAGGAAAAAAAAUUUGCCACGCACACGUAACAGCAAUAAACUCGUCAAAAAAUGCCGAAUUCGUAAAAAGUCUCGGAGCAGAUCGCGUAAUAGAUUACAACACCACCCCAGACUUUACACAAGCCCUUCUUCAGGAAAAAGAACAAGAAUCGUUUGACGUGGUGCUUGACUGUGUAGGCGGAGAUGAAUACUACCAGAAAUCAAUUCCAUUAUUGAAAAAAUCGGGGGUGUUCUCGACGGCUGUUGGCCCGAGUGGUCUUGAUGGUUAUAUGGGGUACGGGACAAUAUUGUCAGUUAUUGGACGGGUUUUAUAUAACAAGUUGCUUGGAAAAAGAUCGUACCAUAUGGCUUUUGCGAGUUCGCAUUCUAAGUUUCCAGAGUUUGCUGGGUAUUUUGAGAGAAAUCAGGUUGUUACGAAAAUUGGUUCGAAAUUUGAGUUGAAGGAUGGCGCAAAAGCUCAUGAAUUGAGUGAAUCGCGUCGCGCUGUUGGAAAGAUUAUUUUGACUGCUUAA